AGAGCCACACUGGCGCGCCUUUCCAAACCUCGAGGGCGGCGGAGGAGGAGAGGCUCGCGCCGGAGGUUCUGGGGGCGGAGCCACGUCCGGAGGAAGAGGAGGGGCGUGCUCUACUGGAGAGACGAUUGGGUAGUUUCGGGUUUGGUAGCGUACGGGAGUCUUUCCUACAAGGAAAAAGAGCCUCAUAUUCAACAACCUUAAAUUUCAAAUAAAAAUUACACCACACCCAGAAUAUAGAACCCAAGCUACACUCUGGGGGUGUGUACACACUUGUGUGCGAGGCCUUAGGACAAGGACGAGAAAGUCGAGUUCUGAUUGGACUGUGCCGUAAUGGUCUGGGGACGGCUAUCCGAAUGUUAUUCCGUUCCUGUCUGCCUAGCAGCAUGAGGCAUCGCACCCUAAGCUCCAGCCCGGCCCUCUGGGCCUCUAUCCCGUGUCCACGCUCUGAGCUGCGUCUGGACUUGGUUUUAGCUUCUGGACAGUCCUUCCGGUGGAACAUUUCUAAGACAGGAAGGACCUUAAAGAGUUCCAGAUGGGUAACGGUGCUAGGGCUGUCUGCUGGGGUGCCCAGGUGGAAGGAGCAGAGUCCUGCUCACUGGAGUGGCGUGCUGGCAGAUCAAGUGUGGACACUGACUCAGACCGAGGAUCAGCUCUAUUGCACCGUGUACCGAGGAGAGGAUAGCCAGGUCGGCAGGCCCACCGCUGAGGAGCUGCAAGCCCUACACAAGUACUUUCAGCUGGAUGUCAGCCUGACUCCGCUCUACAGCCAUUGGGCUUCUGUAGACACCAACUUCCAAAGAGUGGCCCAGAAAUUCCAAGGUGUGAGGCUACUGAGACAAGACCCCAUUGAAUGCCUCUUCUCCUUCAUCUGUUCCUCCAACAACAACAUUGCUCGAAUCACUGGCAUGGUAGAGCGGCUGUGCCAGGCCUUUGGACCUCGACUCGUUCAGCUUGAUGAUGUCACUUACCAUGGCUUCCCAGACCUUCAUGCCCUGGCUGGUCCAGAAGUAGAGACUCACCUCAGGAAGUUGGGCCUGGGGUACCGUGCCCGCUAUGUUUGUGCCAGUGCCAAAGCCAUCCUCGAAGAGCAAGGUGGGGUAGCGUGGCUGCAGCAGCUUCGAGUGGCCCCUUAUGAAGAGGCCCACAAGGCCCUCUGCACCCUGCCCGGGGUGGGCAACAAGGUGGCUGACUGCAUCUGCUUAAUGGCCCUUGACAAACCCCAGGCUGUGCCUGUGGACGUCCAUGUGUGGCAGAUUGCCCAUCGUGACUACGGCUGGCAUCCUAAGACGUCACAGGCUAAGGGCUUGAGCCCUCUGGCCAACAAAGAACUGGGAGACUUUUUCCGGAAUCUGUGGGGACCUUAUGCUGGCUGGGCCCAAGCAGUGCUGUUCAGUGCUGACCUUCGCCAAGCAAACCUGUCUCGGGAGCGGCCAGCAAAGCGCAAAAGGGCAUCGAAGAAGCCAGAGGGCUAGGUCUCACUACGUAGCACUGGCUGUCCGGGAACCCAUGGAGAUCUGCCUGCUCUGACUCCACGUGCUGGGAUUAAGGGUGUGUGCCUCUGCACCUGGCUCUGGCAAGCACUGAGUCUCAUUGAUUUCUUUUCGCAUGGGUUCUCAUACAGCCUGGCUGUCCUCAAUGCUCCCUCUUAGCUCCCGAGGCCUGGGACUGCAGGCAUAUACCAGCACCAUGCCCAGUCUGUGUGCCAGCCCAGGGAUUCAUGCAUGCUAGGCCAGCGCUCUGCCAGCCGAACUGUGUGCAGUGUCCCGCCCACACUUAUUUUGAGACAGGGUUUCAUGUAGUCCCUGAUCCUCCUGCCUCACCCUCCCCAAGUGCUGGAACAGCAUUAAUUUCAGUGGAGGAAACUGAGGCGCAGAAAGCUUACAUAAUUUGCCUGUUUUUACCAUUUUAUAUCACCAGUAGUACAUGUCCUAUGUACUACUCACGACCAUGUCCAGGGCUACAAUCACCCCCUCAAGACCUGUUUCAGCGCCGGGUUCAUUAUCAUGGUUAUGAUACCACUGUCCCUUUGUCCCUAACCAGAGGUUGGGGCAGCCUUUGACCUCCCCCUCCCUCGGUGUGCCUCCCUCCCGUGCUCCUCCUCCUGCUUCUGAGUCAAGCCCCAGCAUACGCUGCUACUGGGUUUCUCCGGCUUCUCUCCUUGCCUUCACUGCAUCCUGAAAGCCCUUUCUUCAGGAUGAACUCCUGCGUUGUCUUUCUGGAGUCAUCCUCUACAACAGGUGGGUGUCCCACUAUAGCAGUCAGGCCCUCAGUGCCUUAGUUCCUUCAGCCCCUCUAGUCCAGCAGGCCACAUUCUCUUACCUGGCCUCUGCGCUCCUGUUCCCUCUACCUCAGCCGUACUCUCUACACCUGGUUAAUUACUAGUCAACUCUAGGUCUGUGCCACCUUCUGACCCUUCAUGGGUCCCGUGGGCUACAUCAUGUCUCUCAGGAGACGGAGCUCAGGAACCACCUCUGGACUUUAGGGGUCAGGGAGCCUUCAUCGAGUGAACAAGAGAGAUUCUUUGGAAAGCCUCCCUGGGCAGUCCUGUAUGCGGUUAGUACUGGGCACUGUGCAGGUCGAGUCUGGGGAGGACCCAGGAUCACAGGUAUAUGCUGACCUUCCACUUGCUCUUGGCAA